AUGUCAUAUCCUGGUGAUGCCCUCAAUGGCAAUGAGAAAUUAGAGCCCGAGGCAUUACGAGAGCUGGCUGCCGAUCUCGGCAGCUCUAGCAAUGCAGAUCGCGAGAGGUCUGCAAGCAUGUUGAGUGGGCUGACCAUCUUUCUGGAGCACCAUGAUACGUUGUACGCUGCUGGCAUCUUCCCUGCUUUGAUUCGCGCCGUUCUAGACGCCGGCAAUGUCAGGGUCAUAGCUCUUGGGUGCACGGCAGACAUGCUCAAGGAUUCUCGCGCCAAGGAAGCAGCGUUUGCAGAGGAACGCUUCAUACCCACACUGCUGCAGGCAUUGGAGGCAGAGGGGAGGUGGGCAAUUGGGCCCGAGGAGGGUGGUCUCGCCAGGGCUCAUGCGGCGCGUGCUCUGGCAGAGCUGUGCGCAGAGCCACGCCUGCAUGAGACACUGGACAGGAGAGGAGCCGUCAAAGCCAUUGCGCACCAUGCUGCCGAGCUGGCAAUUCUGAACAAGGAGGAUACCAAGACCUACUCAUCCCUCAGCGAAGUUCCAGGGAAUAUGGUUGAGAGGCAUUCUGUGGACGAUGAGAGGUUCAGUGCGGCUGCACUCUUCGGCUUGUCUGGCAGCAACACCGGCAUUGAGGCGCUCCUCGCUGCUGGCCCAGAAGUAGUCCAAGGGCUGGGGGAGUGGGCCACCAGCAAUGACCCCAUUCUACAGCGCUAUGGGGUGGGUGCACUUGCGCGCACGGCAACUUCGAGCCCUGCAGCAUUUGCGACUGUGCAGAAGACUGACGGCCUGGACAGACUUGUAUCUGCCCUCAACUGCACCGACGCUCAGGCCCAAUGCUUUGCAGCAGGCGCAACAGGUCUGGGGCUGCACCUGGACUCUUAG